CACAACCUAGUAACAACCUUAACAUUUCGUGACAAACAAUACUGUGUUCUCUAUUCUGGUGUGUGAAGAACAGGAUGAAGGUUGUGUAUGCAAGUGUGCUCCUUGUGUUCCUCGUCCUUAGCUCCUCUUUCAUGGAAAUCUCAAUGGCUGGUUCAGAGUUCUGUGACUCAAAGUGUGAAAAGAGGUGUGCGAAGGCUGGGGUUAAGAAGAGUUGCUUGAAGUUCUGUGGAAUCUGCUGCAAGAAGUGUAACUGUGUGCCAUCUGGGACUUACGGAAACAAGGACGAGUGUCCUUGCUACAGGGAUAUGAAGAACUCUAAGGGCAAGAGCAAAUGCCCUUAGUUGUUGUUAGGUUUUACAGAGGGGGUUUCACUAGGGAGACACUCCCCCUCCAGCGGAAGCAUUCCCAACCACGAGUACCCCUUCUCGUACCGCCGUUCAUCUUAACGGGACACGCUUACCUGGAACUCUUUGCCAGGAAGACUUUCGAUACAGGGACAUGCACUCGUCUGAACCGAUUUUAACCAUCGGCUCUGAUACCACUUGUUAGGAUUUUUAAGGAGGGGGUAUCACUGGGGAGACACAACACCAAUGAGAUCUGAGCCUAACCACAUAAGACACUGACACCACUCUCAACCCAAAACCUUAAGGCAAUGGGUUUAUGGGUCUUUAUUCUUAUAUAGUGCUCUACUCUCUCAUUUCUAGCCAAUGUGGGACUUAGAAUCACACUUGGAUUCCCAACAGUUGUGUUACCCCUUCAUUGCACAACACUUUCCAUUUUCCAUGUUCAUUUCCAUUCUACCAUACUGCAUAAUAAUACUGUGCCAACUUUAUGUAUUGGCUUCGCUAGCUAAUUAGCUUACUAUGUAUCAUUGUAAUCAUGUUCCUCUAUCUACUCAUUCAUCAAUCUUAUAUCAUUAUUUAUU